CGUACUCAAAUCUGCCAUUUGAAAGCUCUAAUCUGGACCUAUCCCUCAUUUCCCCCUUCUUCUUCUUGAACUCAAAGUGUCUAACUUUUGUUGCUAAUAUAACAUGUUGUGUUGUCGUUCAAUAUUAUCUUUACAUGUGCUCUUUUUAUUCUAUGUUGUUCUUUUAUCCGAAGGGAAGAUGCAGCUACCAAAAAACUUGAAUAUGAAGGCCGUUUUUAUGUUCGGAGAUUCCAUAGUUGAUCAAGGAAAUAAUAACAAUAUGACAACCAUAGCCAAGUGUAAUUUUCCACCUUAUGGGAAAGACUUUGUUGAUGGAAAGGCAACUGGAAGAUUUUCGAAUGCCAAAACACCGGCAGACUUGAUAGUGGAAGAACUUGGAAUUAAAGAGCUAAUGCCAGCUUAUCUCGACCCCAAAUUGCAAGCUGAAGAUCUUAAAACUGGAGUAAGUUUUGCAUCAGGAGCUUGUGGAUACGACCCUCAAACAGCUGCCUUUAUGUCAGUGAUGCCACUAUCUACUCAAUUAAAUUAUUUUCAAGAAUAUAUUGGGAAGCUAAAGGGACUGGUUGGAGAAAAAGAAGCCAACAACAUACUAAACAACAGCCUAUACUUUGUGGUAGCUGGAAGCAAUGACCUUGCCAACACCUACUUCACAAUUGGAUUUCGCCAGAAGCAGUAUAAUAUUAACUCAUAUACUGAUUUUAUGGUGGAUGGAGCUGCAGAUUUUAUCCAAGAAUUGUACAAGUUGGGAGCAAGAAAAAUAGGAGUUUUUGGGAUUCCACCAGUUGGUUGUUUGCCAUUGCAGAGAACAAUAAGUGGAGGUAUAGCUAGACUAUGUAUAGAGGAAUACAAUGAAGCUGCUCAAUUGGCCAACACUAAGCUUUCUACUGCCAUUAAUGAUACACUAUCCAAGAAGUUGCCUCACUCCAAGCUGGUUUUCAUUGACCUCUAUGAUCCUAUGCUUGAUCUCAUUGUCAACCCUCAAAAAUAUGGAUUUGAAGUGGUAGAUAAAGGAUGCUGUGGUACAGGAAGCAUAGAGGUGGUCUUUUUAUGCAACAGAUACAUGAGUAGUACAUGUGAAGAUGACACAAAAUAUUUGUUUUGGGAUAGUUAUCAUCCCACUGAAAGAGGCUACAGGAUCCUAGUUGAUCAACUGAUGAAAAAGUAUAUCAAUAGUUUCACAUAAACAUUGAAUAUCAAGAUCCAGGAUAUUGCUUCCCCCAGACAUUGGGAAAAAGCUCACAAAACAAGUGUGCGCCUUUUCGUCCGUACUUCAUCACUGUCCUAAUAUCUGUAUUGAUUGAAUUUUUUUUUGUUCUUUUAUAUAGAAUGUGUUUGUGUCCUAUACUAGAGUUUGAACCUUUAUACAUCUUAUGUUUUUUCCAUUUAGAUACCUAAAGGGUUUUGUAUUGUUGAGAUUUAAAGAAAUCCCGAGUUUGUGCUUACUUUAUAUUAGGAAUCCAAUGGCAAAAAGCUAAUUACAUGGCCCUACCUGCGUUUUUAUUUUGUACAUAGACGAUCUCUGGUUAUAGAGCUAAAGAUGUAGCCGCUCUCCAGUGGCAAUUGGCAAGAAAGUAAACAGAAUCUUCCUUGUAGGGUAAUUCAAUCAGCGUGUAACUGGAAAUGCAAGUUACAAUGUCUAAUUUUGCUACCUGAGACAGUUUUCUAAGUGAUAUAUAUGUCAGUGAAGCAACAUAUUAUUACAAAGGUUUAGUGAAGGGGGGUUGCAGAUUAGCCCAUAAAGUUUUUAAGCAAUAUAGGGAAGGUAACACCCACCAAAGCCAUAUAAUACAACCAUUCAUUUAUGUUAAAGAGUCCCAAAUUGGUCGACGAAAUGAGCUAUGGUCUUCCUUGAUCUUAUGCUAUUCUUAUCUCACGGAGGCUGGAGCUAACUUGUAUUAGACUCAAGGCCCAUUUUCUGUACAAUUAACUACAACUUCCAAUGUACUAUUGCACCUGGAUAUUGGCAGCGCCCAUAUCUCCUAGCUUCUACUCAAACUACACAUGUA